AUGGCUGACGAGUCAAAAGAAGAUCUUGAUAAAUUUCUAUCAAAAAUUGAUGAUAUACAUCGUAUUGUUCAAAAUUUAUCUUCAAAUGAUACAAAUGAAGUAUCAAAAGCUAUGGAACAAUCUGAUGUAUUACUUAAAGAGAUAUCAAAAACAGGUUUUGAUCGUACUAUAAUAAAUAAAUCAUCUUCCGAAUCAACACAACAACAACAACAAAUGUCACCAAAUGCAUUUAUGAGUGCAUUAGAAAAAGAUGCUCAAGAACGUAGUGAAAAUCGUCGUAAAAAUAAAAUUUUAGCUGAUGAAUUAAAAACAAAAGGAAAUAAUGCAUUUCAUCAACAAUUAUAUAAUCAAGCUAUUGAUUAUUAUACAGAAGGUUUAAAAUUAAAAAAAGAUUAUGAUAUAUUAUAUACAAAUAGAGCACAAGUAUAUGUUAAACAAGAAAGAUAUAAAGAUGCAAUUGAUGAUUGUAAUUGGGCUUUAAAAAUAACACCAACAUUUAUAAAAGCAUAUAUAAUUAAAGGCAAAUGUUUAAUGAAUUUAAAUGAAUAUGAUUGUGCUAAAGAACAAUUUAUUCAAGCUGAAGAAAUAGCAAUAAAAAAUUUUGAAUCUAUAAAUAUACGUCAAUGUAUUCAAGAAGUUCAACGACAACAUGAAAAAUAUCAACGAGAAGAAUCAGCACGAAUAUUUUUAUUAAAUGAAGAUUUAUCAAUACCAAUGAAUUUAACUAAUACAUUGAAAAAAUUAUAUAUAGAUAAACAACCAAUUAUUUAUUAUAUUGGUGGAAUUGAUCUUCUAUGUCAAUUAAUAAAAGAUGAAACAACUCGAACAGCAUUUCGUAUUAAUAAUGGUUUUAAUUUAUUUAAUUCUCAUUCAAUUAUAAUAGAAAAUGAUAAUGAAAAUUUAUCAGAAUCAAUUUUUAAUCUAAUGAUAAUUCUUUGUCAAGAUGAUGAUGAAAAUACAAAACAAUGUUUAGAAUGUAAAUUUUUCAAUAAUUAUUUAACAAAAAAUAUUUAUUCAAUAAAAGCAUUUCAAUUUCUUAUUGAAAUUUCAUUAAAAAAUCAAUCACGAUUAAUUUUCAUAGAAAAAAUUCAAUCAAAUAGUUUUAUUCAAUAUUUAAUAAAUAUAAUUAAUGAUAAAAAAUUUAAUCGAAUAUAUGCUGCAAAAUUAUUAAGUAAUUUAGCUAUUGAAUCAAAAAUUAAACAAUAUUUUAGUAAUAAAGAUGAACUAAUAAAAUUAAUUGCAAUUCUAAAAUCAUCAUCAAUUGAUGAAGAAACUCGAACUGUAAUAUUAUCUUUAUUAACAAAUCUUUGUUCAGAAAAACAUAUACGAUUUUGUGCUGUUAAUCAAACAGAACUUUUUCAAAUAUUAAUUGAAGAUUUAGGACAAUAUGAAAAUGAAUAUGAAUUAAAUUUAUUAGGAUUAUUAAUUAAUCUAACAAAUGAACAAAGUUCAACUCUUGAAGGAUUAUAUAAAAAUUUAUGUGAAAAAAUUCUAACUAAAUUAAAAAAUUCUUCACAUCAUCAACGUAUAUUUACAUUAUUAGGAAAUAUUGCUAUGUAUUAUGAACAAGCUAUUAAUAUUCUUAUUGAAUAUAAAAUUAUUUCUUGGAUUAGUCAAAUAUUACAACAAAAUAUCAACGAAGAAAUGAUUCGAGCUGGUAUUAGACUUUUAGCAUUAUGUACACAAUCGAAUGUACAAGGACAACAAACUGUUGCUGAUGAUACUAAACUUUUAUCUCUUAUCUAUGAACAAAUAAUAAAAAGUCAAAAUUCUUUACUUAUUGGUAAUGGUUCAUUAAUAUUUGGACAUAUUAUUAUUCAUUCAUCAGCACGUAUAUUUUUACGAAAUAAUCUCGGAAUAGAAAAAACGAUUAGUCAAAUGUUAAAAUUAGUAGAAGAAUCAUGGUUAAGUAAAGCAGCAAGAAAAAAUGUAGCUAUUUUUAUUACGAAAAUGGUUAAAGCUGAUGAAAGCUUUUUGCAAGAAUUUCGAAAACAACAUGGUACUGAAAUUCUUCAUUCAGCUCUUAAAGAUGUUGAAUUAUAA